ACGAAUUCAGAUUAGAUUACGAGCAAAUCAAGAACCUUUCUUUUAACAAUGGCAUCUGUUCAGACCCCUUCUCCGCUGGCAGCCACAUGUGGAGCUUAAGUUGUUUUCCGUCUUAUACGGCCGAUGAUAUCUCUAUCUACAUUCGGCUAGAGAGCAAGCCUGGGAGCGUCAGUGCCAUCUUUGAGGUUUCCGUCAUGGAUAAGGACGGGAAACCAUCUUUAGCCGCUGGGAGAAGAGCAGGGGUUCUUCUGUUCCAACAUAAAGACUGGGGGUGGUUUCAUUCAGUCCCAAAGACUGAUUUGGUUAAAAAUUACGUAACAGAGGGACACAUAAGGAUAGUAUGCGGCAUCAUGGUUGCACGCGUACCCGCCCGCGGGCUUCACCGCGUGGGGGUGGAGCCACUUCGUGCACCGGAGGCCCCUGGGCUCGCCGGACCACCUGGCGGCCGACGGCCGCGCGACGUUCGUGUGCGGGGUCGUCGUCCUGCGCGGCGUCGUCGGCGGCGCCGCCGCAACUGCCCCUGCCCCGCCGUGCGACGUGGGGAGCGACCUCGGCCGCCUGCUGGACAGCGGCGACGGCUCGGACGUCGCGUUCUCCGUCGGCGGGGAGACCUUCCGCGCGCACCGCGCCGUGCUCGCGGUCCACUCGCCUGUGCUCCGGGCGGAGCUCCUCGGCGCCAUGGCGGAGGCCACGAUGCCCACCAUCACGCUGCGCGACGUCGAGCCGGAGACGUUCGGGGCCAUGCUGCGGUUCAUGUACACGGACGCGCUGCCGGAGGACCUCGACGGGCGCUCGUCGCCGUCGGGCGAUCUCCUGCACGGGCUGCUCGCGGCGGCGGACCGGUACGCGCUGGACGCGCUCAAGAUCGUGGCCGCGCAGAGGCUCGGCGACGCCGUGACGGUGGACAACGUGGCGGCGACCCUGAGCUGCGCUGAGGUGUACGGCUGCCCGGAGCUCAAGAGCAGGUGCCUCGACUUCUUCAUGGAGGAGAAGUUCAGGAAGGUGGUGCUGACACAGGGGUACUUCAAUUUGACGCCAUCGCUCGUCGACGACAUCAGAGCGCGGGUCGAGGAUUGGGAAAGGCGCAUUUCCGCAGAGAAGGCGUCAGAUUCUUUUAGUUUUAGCGCCGCUAAAGCUCGCUAUUUCGAUCCUUGGAUGCAGAAGCUGCUUGAUGCUUUGAGUGAUUAAAAAGUGUAAUACUGAUAGUAUUUAUCCAUACUCAUCAUCCCCUAAUUGAUGGCCAGCCACUCUUAACAGAGAGCCACUGAUUGCAGGCCAUCUAAAUGCUUUUGAGGAUGACAGAGAUCUCAGAAAUGUUAUUGUCCCCAUGAAAGAUAAGUUCCUAGCCUAAUGGUGUGACAUACCUAUUCUUUAUUCAUUUGCAUUUAUCUUGGAUCCUAGAGCCAAGAUGAGAGGUUUUACCAAUGUUCUUAGGCUUCUGUCUCAAUUUAAUGGUGCUGAUUAUUCUUGUUACCUAACUGAGAUAAGAGCUGAGUUCUGUGACAUUUUCUAAAUAUGAAACUAAAUUUGAUGUUGUGAGAUCACAAAGGGAUGCACAAACAACAACUUCAGGUAAGAAGAAAACUACAUGGGGUAAGAUCUUUGUGGAGGAUGGUGCUAGUGCUGGUGCUCGGCUUGGUGCUGGCAUUGGUGCUGGUGCUGGUCUUGGUACUGGUCUGGUGCUGGUAUUAGUGCUUCCUCCUCACUGUCUAGGAGGACUUCAACCAGUGCUUUGUUUCAGGCAGCAACUUCUGGUGCAUCUCUUGCUGGUGUUUCAGAGCUAAGUUCCUACCUAAACAGUGGCACCAUCAACCAUUGAUGAUGAUGACUUCAACAUAUUAAACUAGUGGCAUGAGCAUAAAAGGGCAUAUCCUGUUCUUUCUAUCUUAGCUAAGGAUAUUAUGACAGUGGUUGUGUCUAACAUAUCUUCAGAAUCUGCAUUUAGUCUAAUUGGCAGGAACAUCGAGGAACGGCGAAGGCAUCUUGCACCUGAAAUGGUGGAGAUGUUGACUCUGGUGAAGGACUGGGAGCAAGGGGAUGCCAGAGCUUAGCACAACAUGGACGACCAAGAACUUCAUGAAGUAUUUGAGAACUUGUACCUUGAUGAAGUAAAUGUGCCUUGAGAUUGAACUAUGUGAUAUUGUAGUUGAAUAAUGACUUGAUUAGGAGCUGGUUGUACUCUUUUUUUUCUUCGUAGGGUUUUCUCACGAGGUGUGAGUUUUUACCUACAAAAGUUUUUAAUGAGGCAGCAAAACAAACAGCUCAAAUAAUAUUUGAAGAAUUUUGAA